UACUGCACAAAAAUUGAAGUCAUUCUCUAUGUGAACAAAUCUGCAGUUAAUUUAGUUUAUUUUACCUCAUUUUAAUUUAAAAAGCUUCUCGAACGGUUUUCAGAUAUAAGAGGGCUGGACAUUUGAUUAUUUAUUUGUUUUUUUAAGAUUAUUUUUUGCGCAUGUUAUGCCGUUUAUUUGAUAGUGAGAGCGAAACUUACAAAGCUCCCAUUUCUGUGAACGCAGCACUGGUGACGUAAAGGGUGUGGGCGUGGUUGGACAGCCGUACUUGCCCCGACUGAACACCCGGUAUACCCAGCUGUCAUUUGACUCGAAGCUAAAGAUGGCAGGAAACAAGUCUUAUACUAUAGUUGAAUAUUUCGGCGGCGAUUCGGGUUACCGGUGUGGUUACUGUAAGAAUGACGAAGGAAACUUUUCUCAUGGGAUGUGGUCCCACACCAUGACUGUACAAGACUACCAAGACCUGAUAGACCGAGGGUGGAGAAGAAGUGGGAAAUAUGUCUAUAAGCCCAAAAUGAACAAGACAUGCUGUCCGCAGUACACCAUCAGAUGUCAUGCAACACAUUUCCAGCCCUCCAAAUCCCACAAGAAAGUCUUAAAGAAGAUCAGCAAAUUCAUUUCCAAAGGGGAAUUGCCAAAAGAUCAGGAUAAUGGCGAGCCGAUGGAAGCAGUGUGUGACGAAGGUGGGCCACGGGAGCCCAGCAAAGCCUGUCAAUCAGAAGUGAAGUGUGCUGCUAUCACAGACAUUCAGAAGGAGCUACCAGAGUGUCCCGCUAUCACAGAAGUCCAUGAGGUAGUGGAUGCAGCACCUGCAGCACCUGCCGGCUCAGAGACGUCAAGAACAGAGCGAGCGUCCGAAUCGGAUGAGAGGACAGCCGCCAUCGCUCCUAAACCAGGAAUCGGAGCUGAUCCCGCCCGGCCGCUAUGCCGGAAGGCCAAAGACUUGAGGAAGGAGCGACGUCUUCAGAAAGACCAGAUUAGACAAAGCGCUGAUGGAGUCCCCUCCAUUGUCUCCCCUACCCCCCCCACUGCGGCCCAGACCAAACCCCUGGAAGAUUUCAUCAAUGAGUCACUGCCUGAUAACGCUCCUCAUUGCCUCGAGGUGAGGCUAGUGCCGGUCAACUUUGAGGACCCUCAGUUCGCAGCGUCCUAUCAGCAGUCGGUGGCGCUGUACGCCCGCUACCAGAUGGCCAUUCAUGGUGAUGACCUCAGCGAUUGUAGUGAAAGCGAGUUCCGGAGAUUUCUCUGUGAUUCACCACUAGAGGCGGAACAUUCUCCAGAUGGGCCCGAAGAAGGCUACGGCUCCUUCCACCAGCAGUACUGGCUGGAUGAUCGCAUCGUGGCGGUGGGGGUGAUCGAUAUCCUGCCUACCUGUGUGUCCUCUGUCUACCUUUACUACCACCCAGACUUUGCUUCACUGUCUCUGGGCUCCUACUCUGCUCUCAGGGAGAUCGCUUUCACCAGGCAGCUGCAGAAACAGUCCCCCAAGCUGUGCUACUACUACCUGGGCUUCUACAUUCACUCCUGUCCCAAGAUGCGGUAUAAGGGGCAGUACCGGCCUUCAGACCUCCUGUGCCCAGAAACCUACACCUGGGUACCGAUAGAGCAGUGCGUACCCAUGCUAGAGAACUCCCGCUAUGCUCGUUUCAACCGGGAUCCUGAUGCAGGAGAUCCCCGGGUGCUGAAGGACGUGGGCAGACUUCUGGUGCUAUACAGACGGGCCGUGAUGCCCUACGCCGCCUACUCCCGUAAACGUAAAGGCUCCAGUGACGAAGAGGAGGUGCAGCAGUACGGAGGCUUGGUCGGCCAGGACUCCGCCGAGAGGAUCUUACUAUACCGCUCCUAAAUCACACAAAGUCACACCUCUGCACCUUUAAAUUAUAUGUGAAUGCACACCUUCAAGCAAUCUGUGUGUUUUGUUUAUGUACGUCUGUGUGUCUCCUCGCUGUCUGUCAGAGUGCUUUCUGCUUCCAGUAGUCUCACAGCGCUAAGCUCUACACAGGCUGGAGUAAUGCAGUAGCCAAUAAUUAUCUAUGUAUGUAGCCAUUCAACCAUCGGCCUCAUUCACAUUCAUUUAAAAUAUAUAUAUAUAUAUAUAUAUUCAUCAAUAAAUCUCAGUUCUUCUCCUUCCUUCUGAUUGAUUUGACCCCUUGGAUGUUGUUUUGAUAUCACUAUUUUUUGUAUUCUCAGCCCUGUACGCUUAAGCAGUGAUUUCCCUGAUGGUGAUGAUGUCAUUCGCAGGUGACCGCUCUCCCCCGAGCUGACCCAGGUUCAGCUAUAUGUCAUUGUCACUUGAGGAGCAUGUUCUCUUUUGAAUGUUCAGUGAUUUUUGAAGGUGGUUUUUACUUCGUGUACAUUACGUCCUCAAACUUCUUUUUGAAGGAUGUAAUGUAAGUAUUUUUUUUCAUUGGAACUCACAGUUUUAAAUGUUUCUUUGUGUGUAAUAUUUAAUGUUUUAUUUGCUUUUCUUUUAAUAUCGACAACAUUUUUUUUGUUGAACCAAAUAAAAGUGAUGUCUAUUCCA